AUGGAUAUUUGCGACGUUGGCCGAGAUUUGGUCAAGACUUUUGAGAGCCCCAUCGGUUUAAUGAUUACUCAGAGAGACUGCAGCAACACCGGUCAUACUAUAACAGCUCCGAAUUCUUCCAAAGUGGACAUUAAAAAUUUCAAUCCAUCUAAUGUCAAACAAAGAAGUUCUCAUGUAAAGGAUUUCGUGGAGUUGGUGGAUAUGGAAAAGUUAAUGAUGGUAGCUGUAGACCACAUAAAUAAUAAUGAGAUAAAUAAUUUCCUAUCUUUGGAAUGGAGCACGCUUUUUCACAGCUUGAUAAACAAGAUUGUAGAACUAGAUGAAUUUAAGAAGAUCCUCGAGUUCUUAGAAUCGAAAGGGUUCAGUUUACAAUUCUUAGGCAAUAAUCUGAACGCCUUCAUCGAUUACUCCUUAAAGAAACAAGAUGAUACUUAUAUUCAAUUGCAAAACAACCCGGAGAUCUCCCAUUAUUGCAAUAAACCUGAUUCGGCAACCCCAGUGGUGAGAUUUGGUGAUCAGAUAGUCCGGGGGGAAGAAAUUAAUGAUGGCAAUUUCAUCAAUCUAAAAAAGUUUGUUGUCAUCUCUGAGGGCGUUUUAAUGGAGUUUCUAGGAAUGGUGGCUUUUCGCCUACUAGGUAUCCCUGCCACUCCCCUAUGCAAAGCAUGUAUGGAGGCAGAGGAAACGGUGGGCCAAAGCUCCUCUCGUAUACCAGCGUGUGCCAGAUCUGCGGGGAGGUUCUCGGUACACCGGGAUCCCUCGCAAAUGUCCUGA